AUGGCUUACAACCACGGAGGCAAGGACAACAAGAGCCUCCCAGCGAUGCUCAAGUGUGCGGCUGAUGGCAAGUUGGAGAAGAGCGACAUGUUCUCGAACAACAUGCUCAAGAAGCGACAAUUCAAUCCCAGCGCCCGAAUUACUUGUCGAAAGCACACCGCAGGCCCUACGACCGAGUUGCUUUGUAGCAACUGCCGCAAGCACAAACCAGUCAUCUUCUUCAGCAACGCCGAGCGCAAGUCCAGCGGUAGUCAGCGCUGCCGCGCCUGCAUUGAGUGGAUGGAGAACGACGCGCCUGGCCAUGUGCCUCUACCGGCCCCAAAUAGCGUUCGCGAGGAGGACGAAUUGAAGCCGUUCGCAGACCAGAACACCCUGAACCUGGCCUUCGUGGACAGUGACGACGACGAUGACUUUGUCACUGAGGCGCAUGACGAUGGGGUUUCCGGCACUUGGAUGGGACGGUCCAAGGAGAGCAGCACCGCGGCCAAGUCCGGCGCUGGCCUUACAGCCAGCAACCUUCAAUCCCUCGAUGAUUUUGGAAACUCGCGCUCUGCCUCCAGCCGCGGUGUCGGAAGCUACCAUGCGUCCUCUGCCCCGACCGACACGGCGUCGACCGCCGGCACCGACGUUACUACCCGCCCCAGUGGAGGGCCCCAGUUCAAUGCAUACGGUCCUGAAGGCCAGUUCCAGAAGCGCCAAGCCGGCACUGCUGCUUCUGUGGUCUCGGGCACCUCCCGCACCUCCCGCAGCAGCUCUGGCCGCAAUGCUUGGAUCAAGGUGCCCGGCCGCAAGACAGGUCCUUCCUUGCCGCGCCACUUGGAGUAUGAGAACCCCGAGUUUGUUGGACAGGAGGACUACGAUGACGACGACAGCUCGGAUGGCUGCUAG